AUGUCCAGCAACGCAAACGUAGCUUCCUCCGCCGAGGCGACCGCCACCCCUUCCAACACCACCAAGCCCGUCGACGCCGCCGAGGGCAUCGACACCUCCGGCAAGGCGACUGCUGAGAUCCUGAAGGCCUUCAUCAUCGUCGGCAAGAUCCCCACCCACGAGCAGACCAUCAAGGACUUUGGCUUCGACCGCGCCCACUCCGAGCAUGACUCCUUCCAGCUUCUGAACGUCUACCGCCACGUCAUGACUACCACCCUCGACGUCGCGCCUUCCACCCUCCAGGCCUGGAUGUUCGAGGACAAGAAGGUCCUUCUGCGGAACAUGAUGUCGAAGCUGCGCGAGGCCCUCGAAAAGGGCCUCCCCAACCCGGAGGACGUCAAUCGGCUGAAGGACUCCUUCCGCUGGUACCUGUUGACCCGCAACCGCUACAUCUGGGACCCCGCCCACGCCAACGCCGAGACCCGCGCCAUCUUCAACGCCGCCGCCGCCAAGCCCCUCAACGGCAACCACGCCGACAUGCAGAAGCAGCUCGAGGCCAUGUUCGACGGCAUGGUCAAGGUCAGCAAGGAAAAGGAGGCCCGAGAGCCCCGCGGCGAGCCCGCCAACGCCGAGGGCGACCACGACCGCACCAGCUGCCACACCCUCCGCGCCGCCGACGGCCGCCCCGUCCUCCCCAUGAUGUACUGCCCCGGCAUGAACCUUAAGGGCAUCGCGGAUGAGCUCAAGGGAAUGCAGAAGGCGCAGGGCGGCGAGCCUGUCUUCCAGGACAUCACCCUCAACCACCCUGUGCCGGGCCAGCCCGGCGUCACGAAGCCCAUCACCCACAAGCUCGAGAUCAAGAUGGUUUCUGCCGAGGAGAUGUUUGGAAACGUGAAGAAGAGCGCGGAUGGUACUUUUCGCAGCAAGGCUGGCGAGGCCGGCUCAGAGAAGGAGAAGUAUCCCACUGACGAGGAGGUCGAGCGCAUGAUUCAGCAGAUGGUUGGAGGCAUGCGGCACGAGGAUGAGUAG